AUGGGCCCCCUCCCCGACCCCGACUCCCCCGACUCCCCCGCCGACAUGACCGCCCACGGCCUCAACAACGCGCGCCCCCUCUUCCUACAAACCACACUCCUCGGACGCUCCUCCAUCACCGAAUUCCUCAUGCUCUUCUCCCUCCCCAUCCCCCCCGUCCUCCCCGCACGCCUCGACAUCCCCCUCGGCCUCCCCUUCCCCACCUUCCUGACCCGCCUGCACACGCCGGCCACACCCAUGCCCGAGCGCAUCAGGCACUGGGACAUCCGCAUGCCCCUCCCCUGGCUCUACCCACACAAGCACCCCGACCCCAUCGUCCUCCAGCCGCGCAAGGUCUGGACCACCCGUCUCACGCCCGGGCGUAGCUUUGCGGACACCACAAGGCUCGUCGAGGCGUUCCUGGACCGCGUGGGGGUGCACGGGGAAUGCCAGUUCCGAGGGACCACACGGCGAGACGUGGAUGUGGCGGUGGGGGUGUUUGGGCCGGCGGCUGUCGAGCCGACGGAUCUGGGGAGGGGGGUGUAUACGACGGAGGAUUUGGGGCUGGCGCUGGCGUAUGCGGCGGGUGGGGGGCAGGGGGUGCUGUGGGUGUUUUUGGAGGGGAUGGGGGCGGCGAUGAGGGGUGGGUUGAGUGUGGGUGGGGUGGAGGGGAAGGAGUGGGAGUUGGUUGCGGGGGGGAGGGCAAGGGAUGUGGAGUAUAUGGAGGAUGUGGUGGUGGGGGCGGUGAGUGCGGAUCGGGGGGCUGCGGGGAUGCAGGGGUGUGCUGAGGGGAGGUGUAGGGUUGUGCCGUGGGUGGAGGGGGUGCCGUGGAUGUGUUGGAGGAGCAAGAAGGCUUGGAGGGUGCUGAUGAAGGGGCUGGCGGCGUUGGUGUAUUUGGAGGAGGCGCCAGAAGUGGAGGAGUAUGGGGGAUGGACGGUCGUGGAGUAG